AUGACUAAGUGGACAAUUUUCUUAGCGGCUUACAAUUACCAGUUAAUACAUCGACCGGGCAAGGACAUCGGAUCUGCAGAUGCCCUCAGCCAGUGCCCCCUUCCAGACCUCAUAGAAGACCCAGCACCAAUAGCACCCAUUCUACUCAUUGAGGACUCCAUAGACAUCCCAAUGACAGCAACGGACAUAGCGGCCUUGGACCCUGUGGUCUCUGGCCUUCCCCCUUGCCUGUAUACAUCUGGAAUCAUGUGUGGACCUCGUGGUUGGAGCUAUUAUACCCAGGAGGAGGGGCAAAGAGGCAGGUACUGGGCAUGCGCGAAGCUCAUUCCACGCUGGAGUCCAUCGGGUGAGGUUCCUGUUGUUGGAGCUCCCAGGCCUAGGCCUAGGCCUGUCGGUGGGAGGCUGGACCCACCCCCGGUGGGUCCGAAGGUUCCUCCAGAAGGUGGACACCACUGCUGGAUGGCUGGAUCCCCGGCGAAGAAGGGAAGAAGGGCGGUGAUUUCCUUAGAUGGCCCCUCUUCAUUUGAUUGUGAGUCCAGGCUGGAGUCCUGCUCGCUUCCAGCUUCUGUCUCCUCCAUGGCUGUGGCUUUCGUUGCAAGUUUCUCAGCCAUCUUCUUGGUAUACAUCUGGAAUCAUGUGUGGACCUCGUGGUUGGAGCUAUUAUACCCAGGAGGAGGGGCAAAGAGGCCACCCUGGAAAAAUGAAGGGGGAAGGGCCGGAAGUCAGCACUUCAACCUGCAUUUACUCUAGUGCUGACAUAAGAAGAAGAGCGGCCAGCUGGCAAGAGGAGGCUUGACACUUCACCUACUUAUUUUCCUUGAAGAUAAUAUCCCCUAGGAGAUGAGAGGGAGAGGGGGCAUUCCUGGGAGCUUAGGUAGUAGAUAUGGGGAGAGUGAUUUGGAAGAAGGCCAAUGAGACGCAGAGAUCUGGGGAAC